AUGUCGCGGAAGCAGGUCGACCAUGACUACAAUCUCCGGAGUAUGAGCAACCUGAUGGGCGAGCGGUGGAAGCGAGCUCCGUCCAGCGCCAGCAUCAGCAGCCAGGGCGCCUCCUCCUCCUCCGCCGCCGCUGCCGCCGCCGCUGCCCCAGCGGCGCCCUCCUCCUCCACCACCGGCGACCUGGAGAGGGCUGCGCGCAAGCAGUUCCAGCAGGAUGGCACGCCCGGCUUCGUCUACGUCCUGGCCGCCUUCUCCGCCCUGGGGGGCUUCCUGUUCGGCUACGACACCGGGGUGAUCUCCGGGGCGAUGCUCCUGCUGAAGAGGGAGCUGGAGCUGAGCGCCCUGUGGCAGGAGUUGCUCAUAUCAAGUACUGUGGCCGCGGCUGCCCUGUCCGCGCUGCUGGGCGGCUUCCUCAACGGGCUGUUCGGGCGCAGGGUGUGCAUACUGCUGGCCAGCUUCUUCUUCACCGUCGGGGGGAUCGUGCUCAGCACCGCCCCAGGGAAGGAGGCUCUCCUGGCGGGGAGGCUGAUCGUCGGAGUGGGGCUUGGUAUUGCCUCCAUGACAGUGCCAGUGUACGUCGCCGAGGCCUCUCCGCCCCACCUCAGGGGGCAGCUGGUGACGGUUAACACCCUCUUCAUCACCGGUGGACAGUUCACUGCCAGCCUCAUCGACGGCGCCUUCAGCUACCUGAAGCACGAUGGGUGGAGGUACAUGUUGGGGCUGUCGGUGCUUCCCGCUGUGCUCCAGUUCAUCGGAUUCCUCUUCCUGCCGGAGAGCCCUCGCUGGUUGAUCCAGCGCGGCCUGACCCAGAAGGCCCGCCGCGUGCUCAGCCAGAUCCGAGGAAACCAGAACAUCGACGAGGAGUACGACAGCAUCAAGAACAGCAUCGACGAGGAGGACAGCGGAGGAGAUGGCCUGGUGAUCUGGCGGAUGCUGACCUACCCCCCGACUCGGCGAGCCCUCCUGGUGGGCUGUGGUCUUCAGAUGUUCCAGCAGCUUUCGGGGAUCAACACGGUCAUGUAUUACAGCGCCACCAUCCUGCAGAUGUCAGGAGUGCGGGAUGACAGGCUGGCGAUCUGGCUGGCUGGACUCACUACGCUCACCAACUUCCUGUUUACUCUCCUGGGAGUGUGGCUGGUGGAGAGAGUGGGGCGCAGGAAGCUCACCCUGGGCAGUAUCGUAGGUACAUGUUUGAGUUUGAGUCUGUUGGCCAUCGGUUUUCUGAUGUCUGCACAGCACAGUCCUCCUGUCACCUUCCACCCAUUAGACCCAUCUAUGGCCAACUCUACCUGCUCCAGAUACCAGCUGUGUGAGCCAUGCAUGCUGGAUCCUGGAUGUGGUUUCUGUUACCGUGAGAAUGGCUCGGCGCUCCUCGCCUCCUCCUGUGUGCCAGUUAAUAAGGCUUCCACCGAGCAAGCAGCAUGGGGCAGAUGCUCCAACUCCAGCGUGAUGAAAGAUCAGACCUACUGGGCCUACAACUACUGUCCCACCUCCUUCUCCUGGCUGGUUUUACUGGGUCUGGUGCUCUACCUGGCUGCUUUCGCUCCAGGCAUGGGUCCCAUGCCAUGGACCAUCAACUCAGAGAUUUACCCUCUGUGGGCAAGGAGCACAGGUAACGCCUGCGCUGCCGGAGUCAACUGGACCUUCAACAUCCUGGUGUCUCUCACCUUUCUCCACCUGGCUCAGUACUUCACCUACUACGGAGUGUUCUUCCUGUACUCCAGCCUGGCUUUGCUGGGUUUCUUCUUCAUCUAUGGCUGCCUGCCGGAGACCAAAGCCCGCCGUCUGGAGGAGAUCGAAGCGCUGUUCGAAAACCAGCUCUGUUCCUGUGGCGCCUCCGAUUCGGACGAGGGACGGCAGGUCGAAUAUAUCCGAGUCAAAGGUUCAAACUACCAUCUAUCGGACAACGACGCAUCUGACGUGGACUAG